CUGUAUAUGUAUUUGUGUGAGUGUCAGUGUGUGUGUCCGUGUGCGUGUGGGUGUUACGAGGCUCCUCUCCUCCCUCUGGUCCUGGACGAAUUUACAUUAGCUAAGAAAUUAAAUUUAAGACCAUGCAUAAGGAAAAAGUUUUAAGUACACAAAAUGCAAAUAAAGCAAACAGCAAAGAUCAUAAAUUAAAUGGAACCACAAAAGAAAAUAGUGAUAAAACAGUUAGCCUUUUAAAAAAGAAGGAUGAUAGCUGCGAAUUCGAUUUGGUACCACCCGAUGGUGGAUGGGGUUGGUUAGUCCUUUUUGGUUCCUGUUUGACCAACAUUCUCAUCCCUGGCACAAUUAAAAGCUUUGGCGUUCUUUUCGUUGAAUUUUUGGAAGCCUUUAAGGUCUCAUCGACAAAGGCAGCAUGGAUACCGGCGUUAUGUUACUUUCUGUACAGUUCAUUGGGACCUGUAUCAAGUAUACUCUCAGUUAAGUAUUCAUAUCGUACGGUUACUUUGCUUGGUGGCGCAUCGGCCUCAUUGGGCAUGAUAUUAUCAUUUUGGGCAUCAUCCGUUGGAUAUUUGUAUAUCAGUUAUGGCGUUCUGGUUGGCAUUGGCGCCGGGCUCUCCUUUCCGCCCACAGUCUACAUUGUCACUUCGUAUUUUGUGAAAUAUCGCGGUCUGGCCAAUGGCCUCUGCAUCUCGGGCAGUGCCCUAGGUAGCAUCAUACUACCGCCCGUACUCCGUUGGCUUCUGGAAAAUUAUGGAUAUCGUGGCUCCUGCUUGAUCAUGGGUGGCAUCACGUUGAAUGUCUUUGUGGCUGCCCUGUUCUAUGAGCCUGUGGAACAGCAUAUGAUUCGAGUGCCACGUGCUAGCCAAGCACUGGAAGAUAUACCCGAGGAGGAGGAUAUUGGCAUUGUGAUGAAAUUCGAGAACGUUGACGAAACGACUGAAGAUCCAGAUCAGGUGGGGAGAGAAAAACGAUUAUUGCCUUACAAUUCGCCGCCAUCGCCGCUAUAUCUGCCCGAUGAUGAUAAGCAACAGUUUGUCCGAAGUGCCUCAGCUGCUGUGGUCCAGAAUUAUACGAAACCCGGUGAUGAGUUCCAGCCGAGAACACGGAAAAUAAGCACACCCGUGCGAUUGCCGCAAAGAAAUCAAACCUUUACGCCGGGACAAUUGAAUUCGCAAUCAUCGCUUUAUGCCGUGCCCGAAGGACGUUCUAGUUCCAAUAAACUAACGCUUAGGAAUACAUCGAGAACGCGUCUAUCAAAGCGUUCGCCAUCGACGAGCAGCUUCCUGUACGUUAGUACACCAUAUCACGGAAGCACUCUAUCCUUCCAGCCCAAAGAAUUCUCGUCACAUUUAUCACUACGCUCGGCCGGCUCUGGUACGGGAGGAGAUAAAGAUGCAACGGGCGUGCAAGAUGCUAUACCGGAUUCAGAUAAAACGAAAGGUGGCAAAAAACAGGCAUCAGAACGUUCGAAAUUCUUUGACCUUAGCCUACUCAAGGAUCCCAUGUAUUUGGUCAUCCUCAUCUCCAAUUCAACCAAUGCCAUCAGCUACACCAACUUUAUCAUCCUUUUGCCGUCGUUUGGUUUGGCAAGAAGCUUUGACAAAUCCUUGUCGGCCUAUUUGUUGUCUGUUGUCUCGGCUACCGAUUUAAUUGGACGUAUUGGCGGAUCAGCACUUUCGGAUAUGGGCUUUAUACCUAAGACAUGGUAUUUUGUUGGUGGAUUAUCCGUAUCGGGCGUUUCGCUAGCUCUACUACCAUUCGCCUAUUCGUAUAGCCAUGUCUGCUUCUGGUGUGCCCUCUUUGGACUCGCUUCCGGCAUAUAUGUGGGCAUUACGGCCGUUAUUAUGGCCGAUAUGCUGGGCACAGAACGUCUGACCUCAUCGUAUGGCAUCAGUUUGUUUGUCAAUGGUCUUCUACAGUUGGUCGGACCACCAUUGUGCAAUGCUUGGGCCGAAGCGGUCAAUGAUUAUAAUCCGCUCUUCCAUGCCCUGGGCCUGACAUUACUUGCCGGCGCGAGUCUAUGGAGUUUUAUGCCCUGGAUACAGCGACGCAAAGCCAAAGAGGAGGAAAAACUCGAAGCGCAAAUCGACGAGGAGGCCAUUAAUACUUACUAACAUGCUAAAACAGCAACAUCAACAACAACAACAAAACGAAAAAAUUUAUUCAUUUAUUCGGGUCAGACUACGGCGAUUGACGUACAAUUAUAAUUAGUUUUUAGGCUUUAAACAAGAAAAAAAUGCGUACAAAAAGAAAGAGUGUGAACGAGAAGGACGAUGAAAAAAUGAAGUACGGGAAAGCGGGGGGCAUGUGCUUGGGAGGGGGGGACAUACAUAUAUGUGUAGAAUGUUUUGAAACUAAGUGUGAGGGAGGGGGGGAGAAAUUAUUCAUUCAUUUGGAAAUUUGUUAAUUUGUUUCUUCCAGCCGCUUUUUGUCUAACUGUUAAGUCUUAAUUAUUAUAUUGUAUAAUUACAAUUAUUGUUUACAUCAAAUCAAAUUAUUUAUAGCUUAAGCCCAUAAAAGAUAAAACCACAAAACAAAAAAAAAGUGAGAAAACAAAAUGUAAAGUGUGUAGUGAAUAACUAAGAAAUUAUAACUAUUUUUUCUAUAAAUAUGCAAAAAGAGAA